CGCGAUGACGUCUCUAUCAGCUGUGUCGUGUGUGAGAGAGACAGGGAUCGUGAGAAACUGAAAUGAUUGAAUUGAAGCGAGCACUAGGGCAAGCGCAAAUAGAAAGAAAUAUAUAAAAUCAGCGCACAUACUCAUCUCAAAUCGCCCGGGAAGAGGGGUGACAAUAUCGUUGUUUUGUUUGACGGCAAGCAGCUGCAGAGAAGCUUAACAUGCUCACUGUAUACAUUUUAUGACCCGCUACAGUUGGAUGUAGCUACAUCAUCACGGCCGGUAACAGGGUGGGUGGCAAGAUCUUGCAAAUCAUUUCGAACUAACGCGGUAUUUCAAAAACUAGCGGUACAAGGAGAAACUUGUAGGAUCAUUUUUUCAUCUGCGUGUCAGUAGGCUGCAUUACACAGAAGGGAGACUAUGGAAUAAUGUCUAUGGUGUUCAACUUGGUGCUGCCGAUGGUGACGAUUUCUUAAAACACACACACACACACACACACACACACACAUCGUGGGGUUGUGUGUUGGAUCUAGUGACUAAAGUUCAGAAACGGAGAAGUACUCCUUCAGGCUCACACGAAGCAACAGCAACUGCUGUACUCAUACUGCCGUCCGUCACACUCAGAAACGCAAGAUCUGGGUUUCUUCACGACUCAAAAGAAAGCACCUGCCUACUUAAUGGAUUGUAUUUCACUUCUUUAAAGAUUCGUCCCAUCUGCACAGAUCAAUGAUCCUUUCAGCUCAUGGACAAGAAAGCACAGAACAAGUCCACGCUAAUCUCCAGGCUGCCCAAGUUUGGAGUUAAAUCUCUGGGAACCAGGAGCCUAGUCAAUGGAGCCUGCGUCGGCCUGCCUAACCAGCCCCAGGGAGGCAAAAUGGGUGGCAACAGGAAACAGAAUGGUGUCGUCCUCACGCCCUCCUGCUCCCUCAACUGGAGGAAGGCCAACCAGGUCCCCAACGGCAUACAGACCCCUGAAGAGGGGGGGGAAACACUAGACAACGCGAAAGGGGGGGAUGGUGGGAGGUUACAGCAGCCUGUCGCGAGACUCGGGCAGCCAGAGGCAAAAAAGGCCACCUCUUUUUCUCCAAGCAAGGGAAAGAGGACCCCGGUUUCUGCCGCUAGGACGGACGUAGCCCCACAGACUUUGCCUCAGACAGCAAAGGCUACCAACAGAAAUGCCUUUCCGAGUCGGCCGCUGUCGGGUCAGAACUUUUACAGCAAGUCCAAUCUGAAUGGCUUCAGUGGUCCAAAGUUCGGAAUGGGAUUGCAAAGGCCUAGGGCUAAUUCCAGCUCCACCAGGAGCAGCUCCAGGGAGAGUCUGAUGCAGUCCAGCGGCAGCCUCAAGUCCUUGUCCCUGGACAAUAUUGUGGGCUCCCAGAGCUUCUCCCAUUUCAAGCAGUUUCUGUCCCCCACAGGCCUUGCCAUGACCCGUUCCUAUUCCUUCAACAAGGCAGUGGAGCUCUCCAAACCCUCCAGCAACCCCCAGCUGCGCACCAAGGCUCUUCCUGCCAAAAAGACAGCCGACAGCAUCAAGGAGACCAACGUCAAGGGCUCCUUGGCCAAGUCGGGGUUUGGUUUCGGUUCCUCAGCUCUGUCUGCUCUAAAUAAACCCCUUUUACCAAACUUUCCGGCGGGGAAACCGUCAGCGCUGAGCUACCGGAUGACCAGGCCUUCCCUGGUCAAGCACCCCAGACCUGUCAUUCCAGAGAAGGUGGUGGACAGUUGUUUGAAUUCACACAUGGAUAAGAUCGUGGGGGGAAGCCAAGUGGAGGCCAGUGAAAAAGGAGGAGACCGCAGCUGUGGGCAAGGAGAUCUUACCAAGCCAGUAGCCUGCACUGAAGAGGAGCAGGUACCCUUGAAGGAGCAGGAGGCCAAUCUCCGCUACCUGGGGGAACCCAUGGAUGAGAUGUCCCUCUCGUCCACCUCUUCCCUGGAGAGGAAUGACAACAGUGAGGAGUACCUCGAUGACUUUGAUAAUCUCGGCGAUGGGGGGGCUGGUACUCUCACGGAAUGCUUGGGGGAUUUUCCGCUGUUGGCAACGGACGAUGUCCCAGACACAGGACAGGCUGACUCUGGGACAGAGGGGGACCUGGACCUCCUGUCCCAAAGCAUGGAAUGGGUGGACAUAGGACUGCAAGCUGGUCUGGCUGACGAGAUGGAGAGCUCUUUGACGGUCUUGCAGGCUCCCCUCCCCUUCUCUCCGGAGAGAGACUUCCCCACAGGCUCCUCCCUGGAGCUCUCACCCUCGGACAGCUCUGACGGGACCUACAUGUGGGACGAGGAGGGGCUGGAGCCUCUGGGGAGCGCGCCUCACCACUGCGGGAGCUACGACGACUCGGUGGAGAUCAACAGCCUGGAUAUUCUGAAUAACCUGGAUAACCUGGAGUCAUGUGACCUGGACGAUGAUGACCUCAUGCUGGAUGUGGAUCUCCCAGAAGAUGUCUCUCUUAACAAUGUUGACACUGAGAACAUGUCCCAUUUGGAGCGGGGGCGCCGGCAUGGCCAGGGCUACUGGAUGAGACGCCCGCAGCAGUGCUGGAGUGGGCAGGAGCACAUCCAGCAUGACAACAGGGGACCUGUGUUCUUGGGCUCCCCAGCGGGACAGUAUGAAGGGUACAGCGCCCCUGGUUUCGACAGGACCCCCCAGGAGAACAUCGUGGCUCUCGACGAACUGACCCUGCAUCACAUGACCCAGGACUGCACCUCUGUCAAGAACCAACUGCUCAAACUCCAGCGGCUACUGCAGGCGGAGGACGACAGCGGCGACAGCACAGCUCUGCAGGACAUGCUGCUGGCAGGACCUCUGAGCCCUGAGCCCCAGGAGGACUCCAGCACAGCUGUGCAGAUAGAGGAGCUUUUGAAUGAAAUCCACCAAUUGAAAGAGGAGCUGAAGAGCAAGGAUGACACGAUUAGGCAACUUCAGCAAAUGAGCACUAGGUGUCACUGUCACAAAAGAACCCCAGAGUCUAAAGAGAUGAGACAAAGACACAACGACAAGGCCACCCAAACCGCUUGGAGAGGGAAUCCUCCUCAAAUACUACAUCCUUCCAGCCCCAGACGCACAGACAACCCCAGCAAGGGAAGACUAGCAAGAUCAACCCCCACCGAGGACCCCAGUAACUGUCCAGGGAGCGCCUUGCACAAUGCCAGUGACAGCAGCCUGCAGCAGCCGCAGCAAAACGCUCUCCACGGCCCAGUCUCGGGUCCUUCCUCCGCAGCUAAUUCCGCUCCUGCACUGGGGAACCCUGCUGCUGAGCAGCCCCAAGACCCGGACAAGCUUAGCUUGCUGCUAAGUGCGCCUCUCAAAAUCGACGAGGCUGAUCGCAGACCGGCCGAGCCCCACGCCAGGCACAACUCUUUCAGGAGGUCUCUCCAGAUCCAGCCCCUCCCCGAUAUAUCCCCACUUGCUUCCAAUGGUCAUGUCAAGAUGCCUCCGAGACUCUCUCAGAAGUUGUCUAAGAGGCACCCACCCUGUGUCCUGCAGCCUCCCAGGUUUCACAGCAGGGUCCUCAAAACCUCAGAGGUAUUGGAGGUUCCUGCGGCAACCAAGGGCAAAUCACCAGAGUCCAGCCCGAAUCGCAAAAAGACGUCAGAGAGCAGGCCGAACUCCAAGCUGCAGACUCCUAACGCCGCCCUGCUCUUCAAGACUAAGCAGCUGCCCCAGUCGCUGGAGACCCAGCCUGACGGUUACUCCGAGUCCAAAGAGUCAGUGUCCACGCAGGCCCCUACCACUCUGGGCCUCCCCAGGUCCCUGCUUCAAAGAGAUAGCUCUGCUCAGCUCUCCCGGCUCCCCAAACCAAAGGUCCACUGAACCUGCAGUGGAGUGAAAGAGAAAACAAAUAGGGAACAAACCAGGCUAUUUGUUUGAAAUCUACUUAUUUGCACUCUUGGUGUGAACCUACAGGUCAGUUGGCACAUUGUUACCACAUUAAAUGGGGACAACACCAGUACCUGAUUUAUCAAAACAAUAAUAAACACAGUAAGUAACUAAUUAUGUCAGCUGCUUGCCUCAGUGGCUACAGUGUUCCACCCGAGUGCUUUGAAAUGAGAAUGUCAUGUACCCAGUGCCUCGCUGUGCCAGUGUUCAUUUCACCCCAUGCCGCAUGCUUUGUACCCAUUAACAUGAAACGGGUAACACGGUGCAAUGCAUUUCUAAAGGCUCUGGCAUUAAAUUCACGUUUCUGGUGUAUAUGCAAGUCCAGCUCAUCUGCUUUCCCCUGCUGUGUAGACGUUAAGGUUGUGACAGUGGAGGAUCUGCUUAUGAAUGUUUGUUUGCUUGUUUGUUUGUUUGUUUGUUGGUGUUCUUGCAGGAUCAUACUGGUCCUUGGCGCAUUAUGAAUUCUCGAAAUAGACGGGUUGUUUCUUAGCCCUUAAUCGUCCUAUUCUGGUCUGUUUAACACAGAUUUAAAAAAGUGGUAAUUGUCAGACCUGAUACUUGCGCUGUCUGAUACUGCAGGGGGAGCACAAAAUAGGUUUAUAUAUAAAUAUGUGUUUAUUAAACCUGUUUAUCAGGAGAGACCCUAUGAAAUUAAGGAGUUUUCUGAAUACACAUUUUAUCAAUCAUACAGUACAUCACAAGUAUAUGCACCUAAUAUUAUGCACAGGAAUCUAGAUAUCGAUAUAAUCUAGAUAUAGAUAUAAAAGCCUGAACUGCAUUUAAAAACAAAUAGUAUCAAUGUAAAACUUUCAAGCUGCAGAUUCAAGUAUUAAAUAUAGCUGUUUGUGUUUAUUGUAGGUGUGUGCUAAUACAGACAAUAUAUUAGAACAGAUACAGUGGUUGAGUGAGAGAAACAUGCCGCAUGAAGAGAUAUUACGCUGUUCAGUGUUUAAAGGUAUGGAUUAAUAAAGAACAGUGUCAGGGUAAUGCAUACACUGCAUUCUAUUUCAUUGCUUACUGUUAAAUAUAGUGUUCUAUUACUAGGGGCAGGGGUACCAAUAUAUUGUUAACUCAAGGAAUAUUAAGAGUUUUCAGCUGUGUAUUGGAUCUUGGGCAUACUGUUAUUGAUCUGCUCUCCUGCUUCUUUAUUUAUUUAUUGAUUGAGUGAUUGAUUUUUUUAAAACACUGCACUGGGUUUCUAUAUUUCUUGAAAGCUCGAGACACUUCAGUGCCUCCCCUGCUUUCUAAUCUCUGUCACUGGGCUCAGUGGGGUUCCUUCUUAAAGGGGGAUCAAAUAAAAAAAAACAAUGGAGUGCCGUGGCUUUAGUAGCUCAGUACGUUCCCUUUCCUGUGGUGCUGUGCCAUCAAACUGCCAAGAGGACUGCCCUGGAAAACACAGCUGUGAUUGCAAAAAUGGCAAAACCUUCAGUGUGACCUUUCAUUUAAUAAACACAUCUACACAUCUCACCCAGUUUGAAGGUUUGAUUGAAUGGCACCAUUAAACAGGAACAGGAAUGUAAUACCGGGUGCUGUAUAUUUGAUUGAAUCCAUCAAGGUUCUUCUGUAUGCUCGAGAAGUACAGUCACAUGUGAGCAAACUGUCCUGCAGAUGGAAACAAUGCAAUCCUAAAUUCAGAUUGUGAAAACUGACAGUUAGGGUACCCACCGAAAACAAAAUGGCAAUGGACCACUAGCCUUAGCCAAAGCCAUAUCUUAGUCUUUAAGUUAGCAAAACUCAACUAAAAUAAUUCUGAGUGUGUUUGUGUGUCUACAUUUAAGAAAAUCUGUUAGUAUAAUUAAUUACACCAGCAUCAAUAACCAAGUUAAAAUAUUUCACAAAGAACUGACCAACCAACUGGUACUGUAUCUAGUGUCUAGCUGCUAUACUGUUGUAUUUUCAGCACAAUUAUUUUCGGAAGAAUCUGAUUUCUAUGCUGCCAUCACCAAUCAUUUAUGUGGUCCUAAUCACCACUAAGUCAUGCAUCCGAAAUGGGGUCCUGCCUGAUCGUGAUCACAAUCCAGCAUUUCCCCAGUCUAAUCCUUUCUGUGUGCAGUUCAGUUGUAUUUAUUAUCACAAAUCUCUGGCUAGACUGUGAGAAUCAGCAGCAGAGCAGUUUCCCCUGUUUUGGUGAGUAAAUUGAGAGCCACUUUUUUAUGCCUUCUGCCCCUCUGUGUACACAACAUACAGGUUCACUGGGGAUAAUGUCAAGACAUUAUUUUACUUUGUCCUUUUAAAAUUAAUCAAAAAUCCACUUCCGAGUCUUGUUAUCUGCGUGAUUUACCAGACCCCAUGUCAAACCUCUUUAAAAUCUACUAAACAGAAUCAAACACAUUGUAACAGUUUUAUAGCCUUCAUAAAUUCCUUCUGCUUUGCAGCGCCCGAUCUGAUAGAUGUGUACUUUAUUUAAAAGCCUUCUUUGAGUGUUUGACAGCCUAAUAUAUACCGGAACUCGUAAAGUUGCCUGCUGUUAAUGUCCUGUGCCUGUAAUUUAUUUAAACAAACAUAAAAUAGUGGCUGCUUGAUGUCUGCCUCAUGUGCAUUCAAGUGCUGGCCAUUACUAUUCUCUAUUUAGAAAAGCAUUGGACAAGGUGUCUCCGUUCUCGCUAACUGCUUAAAUAUGAACAACUGCUGUGAAUUCGUAAAAGAUUCAGGUCCAGUCCAUUAACAAGACCUUGUUGACAUUCGCUACAAAAAUGAUCUUGUGGCAGCAGUCUGAGCAAUCAGGCACAUGCUAAAUGCUCUUUGAACUGAUCAGACUUCAUACAGGAGCUGUGGAAGCUGUGAAAUGUUGCCCCUUCAAAGCUAAGGUUGACCAUGAAGGGUUAACAGUUUACCUGUUAGUUUAGCACUGAUUCUUCUCUGGACUAUAUUUUCCUGUAUAGUCAACAUGUACUGUAUGACAUAGAAGUGCCACAGUGGAAAAUGAGUGCAUUUUGGGGAAAAGAAUUACCCAACUACAAGAUCAGAAGACAACAUCAUAGAAAUGUUUAAAGAGCAAAUUUAGCGUAGGCCUGCUUGUUCUGUUUUUCUCCACCAGGUGACACUAUAUGUUAAAAUACAAUGAAUAAUUCAAGAGUUGAAUACUGUAUUAGUAGUUUUCACAAAAAGGUGCAAUAUAAAACCUGACCAGACACAUGCACACAGUUACUUGAAUGAGUCCGAACAGUUGUUUGGAUACAGAUGUAAUCUUAGCGAGCUAAAUGAAUAUUUAUUUAGCCAGUGUCGGCACAUUCAUUAAGCAUGUUAAUAUACUUGACGGUACUGGUAAACAACAUGUUGUACUGUGACCCACAGCCUAGAUGCUCGUAUGUUUCCUCCUUGUUACAAGCAGUGUUGCUUUUAUUAAAGCACACUUGUUGAGAACAUUGGCUAUGUGUUAUUUCAAGAUAGCUUUGCUAUGCUAAGUUAUUUAUAAAUAUUAUUAUUAUUAUUAUUAUUAUUAUUAUUAUUAUUAUUAUCAUCAUCAUCACCACAAUAUUUAUUUUAUUGAAAUUUAAGUCAGCUAAAGGUUUUGUAGCCUACAUUAGGUCUCACUAAGAGGUUUUUAAAAAAUAUUAUUUGUAAAAUUGCCUUUAUUAUUAUUUAAAAAUUAUACAAAAUGUCAACCUGGAAAAGUAAAAAUCUCUUUAUACAUAUGGUUUAAAAUAAACUGAUGGAGCGCUACUAAUGCAAAGCUAACUGACUUGCUUAUAAUUUAUAGAAGGGAUGGGGACUGAGAGAGAUUGACCAGAUGAAUUCUUUACUACACUCACCCACCUUUGCACAUGCAGACUAACCACUGAGUGUGGAAAGUAAAAUCCUGUAUUUUUUCUUGACCCUUUAGUCAUAGGAUUCUAACAGAAGUGUUGUUAUUUCUCAUGCAGAUGGCGGUAACGUUAUGCAAAAAAAUCUUUUGGUCGCGUAUAACUUUCGUUCACAGUAAGGAGGAGAGGGUGGUUUGCCAUAGCAUUACACAGUACACUCCAUGGAUUCAGCUGUACAAGGUUGCACGAUUUACACACGUUUCUCACGGAUGCUUGUGCAUGUGCAGGCUGAGUUAGAACGAUAAUUUGAAAGUGGAACCACAAGUACAUUUCAUAAUGUUUUUGCAUCAGAAUUUGUGAUUUGAGUGUUGUUUGGAUAAAUGCAUGCAGGAAGGUAAUGAUAAAGUACCAGUUAGAAGGACGCCAGCCGUCUUAUCUAUACAGGUGUAUUAUGUGCAUGUGAAAUUACUGCAGCUUUGAAUGGGUACCCAUAUCAAGGGCACUUCAUGGUCUGUUAUGGGUCUGUACUUGCCUACACAUAUUUUACACACUGUAUGCUCCCUUACUUGCACUGAAGCCAUGUGAUGAAAAAUGCUUGAAUUCUCCCUUCCUGGUUACUAAUUGAUUCAUGACUAGUUUUAAUGGUCGAUAGCAGUGAAGCUGCAGGCAGUGACCUCGUCAGGUUUAUUUCUUUAGGAAGUUGCUACAGGAGCUUAAAGGGCCAUGGGGAGCAGAGAGGCAUAUGUGUUGAUGGAAGACAUGUACACUAAUGGGCAAAGUGUUUGUCAAACUCGUCCGUCUCUGGCUUCCCACUUUUAAAUGCAAAACCGUGCAAUACAUUGUCUAUAGCGAGCAUCUCUAGGCAAAUUAGCAGUGACUUAAGCAUGUGAGAGGUUGAAACGGUUACAUGAUGGUUCAGUACCAUUGCCAUGGGGUCAAGUCAGUCUAACAAAUGCUGCACAGCAGAUGCCACUGUGGAAAGUCAGACCCCGAGCCCAUGUUGGGACCCCUGAGUAACCACUAAAGCUUUUCCCCCAGGUUGUUUGUUUUUAAUACAGUACAUGCGAGAUGCACCACAUCCCCUGUGAUGUGGACUGUGUUUGUUAGUGAUGGGGCUCAGCAAUACAGCCUUCAAGGCUUAAAAACCGGCCCAGAAUCCUGCUUUGUUUUUGCAGUAAUCUCACUGCUUACCCCUUACUGCCUUGAGCAUUGUGGUUAUUGCUCUAGUUUUGCUUUAAUAUAAAACAGCAGCUGUUUGUAAUAUAUCGAUGUCAGUGUUACGUACCUUUAUACAACCCUGGCCCUAACAAAUUUCCCAUGGGGGGGGGUAAAUCUUCUCAUUUCUGCUGCAGAGCAUCCACUUCUGUACAUCAGCUGUGUAGGGAGGUUGCAACUGAUGUACAGAUCAGAUCUUAAAUCUGUGUACAACACUACAUUGCCUGUGCAGAUUACCUUUAGGGCAGAAGAAGAAUGAUGCGCCAGGCAGCUGAUUACACAACACCAGAGCAGCUUUUAGCAUGUCUCCAGGUGGUAACACUUUCGUUUAGGUGUUCGUUUCUAAGAGGUUGUAUUCCAUCUAUAAACAUUGUAUAAAUGGUCCGUGAUAAGAGAUAGUAACACUUUACCAUAGUGCACUGUUGCUGUCAUUUGUGCUAUAACAUCUUUAUAAGAAUGUUAUAAUAUAAAUGAUAACAUUCAUGCAUGAAACCACUUCUAACAGAAACCUAAAACUGAGCGUUAUCCUCUAGUCUGGAGUUUGUUCUUAUCCAGGUUUACUGCGGGGCAUGAUGGAAUGUGGAGGUUAUAGGUCACCAUGCACACGCCCAGGCUUUCUACUGCUGAUUUGGUUUGACGCCCUGUCAGCUACAUACAAGCUGAAUUAACCCACUACAAAGUAGAUGUACGCAAUAGAAAGAUAGAGCCCAUAAUAUCGAAGUGUGCAAUAGUUUAACUUCUGUCUCCCCAUAGACUGCUGUAUAUCCUGUAUGUUUCAGUGUUCAGUGACUACCUCUAAUCAAGUUGAGAGUGUAUUCCUCACACACUCUUUGAAAUAACACUCAACUUGAUUAGGAGGUAAGCCCCUGAACACUAACAAACACAUUACAAUAUUUAAAUGUAAAUUAAACAGACAACAAGCUGAUAUUUACAUAUUGAAUCUGUUUAUAUAGAGCCUGUUGGAGUUGUCAUUGACAUUCUGAGGACAAGAUCUACAUUUUAGGUGAUAUUGACACAUUCCAAUUGGGAUGUAAAUUAUAAUCUCUCUUAUACACCCACUUCAUGGAUUGAUCUGGAAAUGUAAGACUUAUUUAUUCAACUGGUUAUUUGGGCCACCACUCUCCAGACCUGAUAAUGUAACAAACACAAAAUGUAUAAAAUGUUUUUUGUAAAAAAUGUGAUGCAUUGUUUUUUUUUUUUGUUUUUGUUUGUGCGUUUUAUUGUUUUCAUUGAAACUGACCAUCUGUACAGCUGUAUUCUUAUGUAUCGUCCUGUUGUAUAAUCUGUGCAAUACUAUCACCAAAAAAAAGAGAAUAUGGUACUGUUAUUUACAAUGGAUGUUACAAAUGUAUAAAAUGUAUGCUAGAGAUGUGGUAAGAGGUUAGGAAGAGCAUAUGUAAAGAAAGUCAAUCAGAAAUGCACUUUAAUUAAUGUUGAAUUGUUGGGGCUGGGGACCAGACCCCAGUUCUGUCUGUUGUGCUGUUUGUAAUAAUUUUUUCUUCCCCUGUGUCCUGUACUCUUUUACAAGGGUGUGAUUUAAAAUGUAAUAAAGACUGCACAUGCUUUA